AAAGCUCUCGUUACAAUGAAGCAAAGUCUUGUGGUACUCUUUUGUCUCUCAGUCCUUGCCUGGGCAGUGUUAGGAGCUCCUAAUUCAAUAAGAAAGAGCUGCUGUAUGAAAUAUUCACCCAGACCACCCCGUAUCGGCAGAAUCCUGAGACAUGAAAUUCAGGAUAAUGAUGGUCGUUGUAGAUUUGAAGCUGUGGUAUUCUUUGUCAAAGGCAAUCGCGUCUGUUCAGAUCCAAAUGAUGAGAGAGUGAAAGUUCUUCUGACAAAACUUGCCCAAAGAAAGCAGGGAAGAUGAAGAUGACAGUGAUCUCCUUUGACUGACUAUUGACUACAAAGAGUAUUCAAAUGGAAAAAAAAAUAAUUUCCAGCUGUUCCACAUUUUGCAAGUUUCCAAGGAAUCCUGAAAUUUAUACAUCAAAAUUAGAGUCAAAUCUUGAAACAAUAUUGGUCAAAUUUGACCCGCUUAUCAGUGUGUGUCAUCCCUCUAUAUUACUGAUUGAUUUAUUUGGUUUUAUUAUGAUUACAAAUAUAGCAGCUGACCAAAUAGUACAUCACCUGUUAAGAGUCAGAUAUUUCACUCUGGAAUCCCUCCUUCCUCUAUUAAAGUAUUCCCAAUACACUUCACAGGAACAAUCAUUUCUAGUUAGGAGGCCUGUAGUAAUGCUACGUGAGUUGAUCUCUGUCCUCCUACUUACAGGCCUUUGCCACGGUAGAUUCUGCAGAAAAAUCACUCAGUUUUGCUUAUGUAAAUAUCUAAGUUUUCUGCUCUUGUAAGGAAGUGUAACUGUUUAUGAUGGUCCCAUACAUUACUGAAUAGUGUAUGGUUUACAAACUGCUAUAUUAAUGAAUGUACAUAAUUGUUAUUUCGUGUUCUAUAGCAUACUGAUGGUGUUCUAAUGUAGAACACAGUGAUUGCUGCAGUGUUUUCUACAAUUAAACUGUCUUCCUAACGAGACAGGGAGAAAUCAUUUAUAUCAUUCUUUUACUAUUUCAGAAACAUACUGAAUAAAGACAUUAUUGAUUGAAGUGAUCAAAACUGGUAUUUUUAAAGCAGGAUAUGCAACAACACCAGACUUUGUAUUGUAAUUCCAAUGGAAUUGGAUACUGUUUUUUUAUUGUUAUUCAAUGCUGCACUUUUACAAAUGCAUUUAUAAUGUCCUACAAACCUAAUUGUCUGUUUAAAAGAAGAUGCAUUUUAUUAUUUAUUUUGUUUUUAAUUUCCCUGUAGAUUUUCAAACAACUAAAAUAUAUAUAUUUAUAUUUUAAAAAGUAAAUUGUCUUUGGAAUUUAUUGUAAGAUUUUGUGCUAUAACAUAAGCUGGAAAUCCACCUGCUUCCUAAAUUUUCAUGACUCCAUUUAAGAUGAGACAACAAAUUGAUUAAGCUCACACAAACAAUGUUCUGAUUUGUAACAAUUGGACACUACCAGUCAUUAUACUCACACAACCAGUUGUGCCUGGAUUCCAUGUGUUUCUUAAACAAGUCUGUUGAAUGGAAAUUUAAAUUAAAUGCAAC